CUAAACUCCUUUCACUUUCACUCUGUCUCUGUCUCUGUCUCUCUCUCUCUCCCUCUCCGAAUCCGUGCUCUCCUGCUAAUUCAAAGCCCAUCGGUUCAUCGUUUCCUCGUCUUCACGCUUUCUCUCCUACGCUCUCCCUCUGCUCUCUCUCUCUCUCUCUCUCUCUCUGCUUGAUCCUUCCGUCUCUGUGUCCGGAAAAAGGUUUGUUAGGGUUUGUGCGUGAGAGAAAUGGGGCAACAGUCGUUGAUCUACAGCUUCGUGGCCAGAGGAACGGUGCUGCUUGCCGAGUACACCGAAUUCAGCGGGAAUUUCACGAGCAUCGCUUUCCAGUGCCUUCAGAAACUGCCUACCACAAACAAUAAGUUCACCUACAACUGCGAUGGCCACACCUUCAACUACCUUGUAGAAGACGGCUUUACUUACUGUGUUGUGGCGGUGGAAUCUGCUGGAAGACAGAUUCCCAUGGCAUUUCUCGAGCGAGUUAAGGAGGAUUUUGCUAAGAGAUAUGCUGGGGGAAAAGCUGCAACAGCUGCUGCAAACAGUUUAAACAAGGAGUUUGGGCCCAAACUUAAGGAACAGAUGCAGUACUGUGUGGAUCAUCCAGAGGAGAUAAGCAAGCUUGCAAAAGUUAAGGCUCAGGUGUCUGAAGUCAAAGGAGUAAUGAUGGAAAAUAUUGAGAAAGUUCUGGAUCGAGGAGAGAAGAUUGAGCUCUUAGUGGAUAAAACUGAGAACCUUCGCUCUCAGGCACAAGAUUUCAGGACCCAGGGUACUAAAAUGAGGAGGAAGAUGUGGUUACAGAAUAUGAAGAUAAAGCUCAUAGUUCUUGGUAUUCUGAUUGCGUUAAUUCUAAUCAUAGUUUUAUCUGUUUGCGGUGGCUUUAAAUGUCAUUAGUCUCUGGUGCCGCGCAUAAUGGGCUUCUGGCUUAGGAUGAUCUACCAGUCUAGUUUUCCUUUGUUGUUUGUUUUACCUAUAAUUUUUGGAGACUGAGGCUUCGGCUUAUACUACAGUUGUGUAUUAGAAGACUGAUUGUAUAGAUUGUGCUCUUGGAUUCUUCGGGUACUAGUAGGGGGUCUUUUGAUGUGUGGAAGUUGCUCUUUCCUUGCAACUUUUCCCUCUGUUUUUGUGUUUAUCCGUGAAAAAGGUUUUUGCUAUUCUCUCACCAUCGUGCAUGGCAAAAAAAAUGGGGAUAGUUGGUUUCUUUUUGGGAGUGUCAUCGCUGUCAAAGUAAGACAUUGAUGAAAGUGUAUACCGGAUUUGCUUUAAUGUUCAAUGCUGUACUAUUCCUCAA